AGAAGAAUGGCCCCAGGUAAUGACUCUUCAGUGAAGGAGUUCAUCCUGCUGGGCUUGACACAGCAGCCAGAGCUCCAGCUGCCCCUCUUCUUCCUCUUCUUGGCAAUCUAUGUGGUCUCCAUGGUGGGGAACCUGGGCUUGAUCGUUCUGAUUGUUCUGAACCCUCAUCUGCACACCCCCAUGUACUACUUUCUCUUCAACCUUUCCUUCACAGAUCUCUGCUACUCCUCUGUCAUAACCCCCAAAAUGCUGGUGAGUUUUGUGAAGCAGAACAUUAUCUCCCAUGCUGAGUGCAUGACUCAGCUCUUCUUUUUUGCCUUCUUUGUUAUUGAUGAAUGCUACAUUUUGACAGCCAUGGCCUAUGACAGAUAUGCUGCCAUCUGUAAGCCCCUGCUUUACAAGGUCACCAUGUCUUAUCAGAUCUGCCACUUAAUGACAGUGGGUGUGUAUGCGAUGGGGUUUGUGGGUGCAAUGGCCCACAUAGUUUGCAUGCUGAGACUGACUUUUUGUGACAACAACAUCAUCAAUCACUACAUGUGUGACAUACCCCCUCUCCUGAAGCUCUCCUGCACAAGUACUGCCAUUAAUGAGCUGGUGGUUUUUAUUGUUGUGGGUGUCAAUGUCACAGUGCCCAGCCUGACUAUCUUCUUUUCUUACACCUUGAUCCUUUACAACAUUCUUGGUAUCCAUUCUGCAGAGGGUAGAUCAAAAGCCUUCAGUACCUGUGGCUCCCAUGUAAUCGCUGUUUCUUUUUUCUUUGGAUCUAUAGUCUUCAUGUAUCUUAAACCUUCUAAUGUGUCUGGGGAUGAAGAUAAAGUAUCUACCAUUUUUUAUACCAUUGUGGGCCCAAUGCUGAAUCCUUUCAUCUACAGUAUAAGGAAUAAGGAUGUCCACAUUGCACUGAGGAAAACUUUGAAGAAAACAUGUUUGUCUAAGUAGAAUCAGUAAUUGUUAUGGAAGUAAAUCUUAGGACAUGUGAG